AUGUUUCCCCUGUAAUUUUGCACAGAUUCACUUCACGAACCAUUAAAUUAACAAUUUUUUUAAAAACUUUACCGAAAAUCUGUCAAAAUGUACAAGUUAGCAUUCGCCUCAUCAUUGGUGCUUGUAGUACUUGUUUCCGUAACAUCGGCCGGAAAAAUGGAAGUGGGAAAGGUCAAGAACAUGAAUUUGACCUGCAAAGGAAAAGCCAUAAAUAUGAAACCAUUGUUCGUGGGUGAGAAGGAAUGUUACCAAGAAACCUUCGGAACUAGUACGCCCAACCCAACCACCACCGAGGAAGAAAAGCUUAAGAACUUCAAAGAACACCAAUCGUGUUUGAAGGUGUGCAUCUGGAAAAAGCAAAAGAUGCUUAAUGAUGACGGGACUUACAAUGUAGCUGAGACUGAAAAAUUGGUAAAGGCUGUUUUCGAUACUGAAGUUCAACCCACGCUGAAGAAGGCUUUCGAUGAGUGUGCAUCUGCCAACAGCAAGUCCUUCAGCUUGGACAACAAGUGUGCUGGGUACAAGGCUUUCCUGGAUUGCAAAAUCAAGAAGUUCGAGGAGAUUUGCGAAGUCAAAAUGGAACAAUGAGCUGAAACAGUUUAAAACAAAAUUUAUCAUCUCAUUCGUGUGAUCGUACCAUAUUUCAAGUUCGCAUUAAAUCUAAUCAGUUCUGAAAUUGUGCAUGAAUAUCCAUAGAUAAAUAUAUAAUUCCCCGCUUUGA